CCGAACCCCCCGGCCCGGACACGCGCGGGUUAACGCCACGCGCCCCCCGGCACGCCCCCGACACGCCCCCCCCGCCCCCGUGACGUCACGGCCGAGGGUUCACCGAACACGCACGGCCCCCAUGGCGCUCCGAGCCGCGGUCCCGCUGCUGCGCCGGGUCCGGAGCGGCGUCCGCUGGGGGGGCUCGGGCCCCCCCCCGCAGGCGCGGUUCGAGUGGCGGGACCCGCUGUGCCUGGACUCGCUGCUCACGGCUCCCGAGCGGCUCCUGCGGGACGAGCUCCGGCGCUUCUGCCGCGAGCGGCUGCAGCCGCGUGUGCUGCGCGCGCACCGCCACGAGGAGUUUGACCGGGGGGUCGUGUCCGAGCUGGGGGCGCUGGGGGUGCUGGGCCCGACCAUCAAAGGUUUCGGGUGCGCGGGCACGUCCUCCGUGGGGUACGGGCUGAUCGCGCGGGAGCUGGAGCGCGUGGACAGCGCGUUCCGCUCGCUGCUGAGCGUGCAGUCGUCGCUCGUCAUGCACCCCAUCCUGGAGUUCGGGACCCCCGCGCAGCGGGAGCGGCUGCUGCCCCCCCUGGCGCGGGGGGAGCUCCUGGGCUGUUUUGGGCUGACGGAGCCGAACCACGGGAGCGACCCCGGGCGGAUGGAGACGCGGGCGCGGCACAACCCGGGGGCGGGGACGUACACCCUGCGGGGCUGCAAGACAUGGAUCACCAACGCGCCGGUCGCCGACCUGUUCGUGGUGUGGGGGGUGUGCGAGGGCGACGGGCGCGUGCGGGGGUUCCUGCUGGAGCGGGGGCUGCGCGGGCUCAGCACCCCCGGGAUCCAGGGCAAGUUCUCGCUGCGCGCGUCGGCCACGGGCUCCAUCGUCAUGGACGACGUGGAGGUGCCCGAGGACAACGUGCUGCCCGGCGCCGUGGGGCUGGCGGCCCCCAUGCGCUGUCUGACCCACGCGCGGUUCGGCAUCGCCUGGGGGGCGCUGGGCGCCGCGGAGUCGUGUCUGGAGACGGCGCGGCAAUACGUGCUGGACCGGUCCCAGUUUGGGGGGCCGCUGGCGCGGAACCAGCUGGUGCAGGUGAAGCUGGCGGACAUGGUGACCGAGAUCGCGCUGGGGCUGCAGGCGUGUGUGCAGCUGGGCCGGCUGAGGGACGAGGGACGGGCCGCCCCCGAGGCCGUGUCCAUGCUGAAGCGCAACUCGUGCGCGAAGGCGCUGGCGGUGGCGCGGGCGGCGCGGGACCUGCUGGGCGCCAACGGCGUCUGCGACGAGUUCCAGGUCGUGCGGCACAUGCUCAACCUGGAGGCCGUGAGCACCUACGAGGGCACCCACGACAUCCACGCGCUGAUCCUGGGACGCGCCAUCACCGGCAUCGCGGCCUUCGCCCCCGACACGGCGGGGACACCGCGGGGACAGCGCGGGGACACCAAGGGGACAGCAGGGGACACCAAGGGGACAGCAGGGGACAAGGCGCCAGCGCCGCAGGGGUGACCGGGGGACAGCCCAGGGACAGCGAGGGGGUGGUACCUGUCCCACCGGUGGUGUCACCAGCCUCUUGGCACCGCCGUGGGGCCGGAUGUCACCUGUGGGGAGGACACGAGGAGACGGUGUCACCAACUGGACCCAGCGUCCCCAACAGGACCCGUCCUGGUCUCUUUGUCCCCCUCGCAGCCAAUAAACGGCGUGAGAGCCGCCCCUGCUCAUUA